GGUGUUGGCUGCGUUUCGGCAUGGCAACAGCAUGGUAGCUUAUGCGCCAUGGACCCAUCCUCGCGGGCUUCCGAAUGGUGCGGCGCUUCUCCAGUCGCGCGCCAGGAGGCGGCGACCGGCGGGUAUCCGAUCGGGAGAUCUCCUACUCGAUGGUCAUCCACGAGCUUGCCAGGCGCGGCACCGACGAAGCGACGGUGGCUUUCCUCCAGGCUAUGGAAGCUGAGAACAUCCGGCCGAAUGCCUUCGUCUAUGAAGCUGUGCUCACGAGCUUCAAGAAUGGCAAGUGGCAGAAGGCUGCGGAGUGGUUCGGCAAGAUGUGUGCUGCAGGCGUGCGUCCCAACGUCAUGUGCUACCGCGCGGUCAUAGACAGCUGCGCCAAGGCAGGCCAAACGGCCGAGGCAGAGAGGUGGCUAUCUGAGAUGAAGGAGAGGUCCGUCACUCCUAACGCAGCCUGCUACAACGCCCUCAUCAACGCUUGUGCCAGGCGCGGUCAGGCCGAUGCGGCUAUGGGCUGGUUGGCGCGCAUGCGCGCAGAAAUGCCGCCGGACGUGGUCUCGUACAAUUCUGCGCUGCACAGCUGCGCCAAAUCCAACCCGCAGCGAGUGGCGGAGGCCGAAGCGCUCUUCAGAGAGAUGAGGAGACGCACGGGAUCAACCCAACCGCUGCGACGCUGAAUUUGCUGGACUCGAUCCUGGGUGUGGAGCGGAGGAACGCGCUGUGCAGCGAGCUGCGGGUGGAUCCAAAGGCCAUCCGCAAGGACCGGGACCGGCACCGCACGGUAAAGCCGUUGGACGAUUGAGGACGAGCUGAGCGGUGAGCGGUGAGCCUUGACGCUUUCCUCAGCCGUGUUUCCGCACGCGUCGAAAGGCGGCAACAGGCUACAUGGCAUCCGGCUAGCUGACUGGCUUGUAUCAAUUGGGCUUAUUCAAUUGCUAGUUUCCAUUCCCGGUCUGACCGGCGUCCGAUAUUCUGCGUACUGCGCACUGGCUUGG